UAGCUUUGUUAACAAAAAGCUAAAGAGUUCCGGUAGGGUAUAGUUUAGUCCAACCGUGUGUGCCACUGUAUUUCAUUGUGAAUUGGUGGAGUCCGAAAUCUACGAUAAAUAAUAUUUCGCGACGGGGAAGAGUGUAUCCUGGAAGCAGACUUGGUCAAAACGAAGGAGGAAAAGGCGAGAGAUGGAGGGUUUAAAAGGAGUCAGUGCAUUAUGCGAAAAUCCAAACGAUGUUUUCUUGGAUGUCUCUAAACUAUUGCUGACGUAUGCGGACAAUAUUCUGAGGAACCCAGAUGAAGACAAGUACAGAUCGAUCCGGAUCGGCAACCCCACGUUUUCCACGAAGCUGCUUCCGGUCCCAGGAGCGGUCGAGUGCUUGUUCGAGAUGGGCUUUGAAGAGGCAGAGACGCACCUGGUGUUCCCGCAGUCCGCCUCCGUGGACCAACUUCGUCGCAUCCGUGAGACCAUCGCGGCAGAGAGGGACCAGCGGCUGGGGGCGGGGCAAACCCCCAUCUGUCCUCAGAGCUCCGCCCACAGCAGUGCUCCUCCCCUGCCACCAAACAGCCCCGCCCCUGCUCUGGCUCCACCCACCGCCCCUCCAACGCCUCAGCCCUGCGCACUGCCUAUCCCACCGCUCUCCUCCCGCCCACCCAUCCCCCCAUCCCCACAGGAGAACAGUGUGGGCUUCUUCAGGACGCUGCAGUCUAAUUUCCAGCAUGUGCUGGUGUAUGAGACCCCUGCCCUUCAGCGGAAGGCUCUGGAGCGCAUCCCCCUCCCCCGCCUCAGCACUGCCGCCCAGAGGAGGCUGCAGCAGGCCCAGGAGGCCGACCCAGAGUGUGGCCUGUCGGAGCAGGACAUGCUCCUGCUGGAGCUCCUGGCCUGGUUUAAGGGGGAGUUCUUCUCCUGGGUGGACUGCCUGCCCUGUGCCCACUGUGGGGGACGCACACAGUCCGCUGGCCCCCUGCCCCCCUCUGCUGACGAUCUGCGCUGGGAUGCCAACCGCGUAGAGAACCACCGCUGCCCCGCCUGCCAGAACAGCACCCGCUUCCCCAGGUAUAAUAACCCUGAGAAGCUUCUGGAAACCAGAAGGGGGCGCUGUGGGGAGUGGGCCAACUGCUUUACCCUGUGCUGCAGAGCAGUGGGGCUGGACGCACGCUACAUCUGGGACAGCACAGAUCACGUGUGGACGGAGGUGUACUCCGAGUCCCAGCGGCGCUGGCUGCACUGUGACCCCUGUGAGAACACCUGCGAUAAGCCGCUCCUGUACGAGGUGGGCUGGGGAAAGAAGCUGUCCUACAUCCUGGCCUUUUCCAGAGAGCAGGUGGUGGACGUCACCUGGAGGUACUCCUGUAAGCACGAGGAGGUGCUCACCCGCCGGACACAGGUGCAGGAAGCCUGGCUGCGAGAGACCAUCAGCAGCCUGAACUCCGCGAGGCAGCAGUCUCUCCCUGCAGAGAGGAAGAAGGAGCUGCUGGAGCGGCUGCUGGUGGAGCUGGUGGAGUUCAUCUCGCCCAAGAAGCCCAAGGCGGGGGAGCUGGGGGGGCGCGUCUCAGGCUCGCUGGCCUGGAGGGCCGCCAGGGGGGAGACCCGCCCCGUCGCGAAACCGGAGGAGUUUGUGUUCGUUCCCACGGAGACUGAGAAGAGCGAGCUGCGGUUCCACCUGCAGUAUAGCGCUAGUGGCGACCGCUACGUGCGCGUGUCCGGCACCCCGGCGGAGAUGGCGGGCUGGGAGAGCGGGGCGUGGUGCCGGGAGGCCGUGUUCCGCAAAGAGGAGCUCGACUGGAAAAUGGUGUACAUCGCCCGCACUGAGGGCUCUUCCUCCGGGAAGAUCAGCUGGAGGUUCGACUGCAGCCCUGUGGGUCUGAAGAUGGGGACGGUGAAGGUCAGAACGACCAGCCAGACCUUCCACUCGGGGAGCGUCUGCUGGAGGAUGCGUUCAGGCCAGGAUACCAUAGAGUUCCCAGGAGAUGGCGAGAUGCACUCGGCGCCGAGCUUCUCCGGACGCACAGAGCUGGAGGUGGAGGCGGAGCUUGCAGGCGGGGAGGGGGCGUGUUCAUGGCAGCAUGCUCAGCUGUUCAGGCAGAGCCUGGAGGAGCCGAAGGAGCCCUCACUGGAGAUCCUCAUUGAGCUGGAGGAGGCCUGAGAGCGGUGGGGACACCAGUGCCCCCACGUGCUCAUCGGCAGUACUGCGUGUGUUACUGUAUCAUGACCAAAUUUAUCAGGUUAUUAUCUUUUUUCCUGAAUAGAAAGACUGGUGAGUUUGGAGGGGGGCACGGGUGAGUGUGGGUGUUGGGGGCGUCGGGGGAGGGGACAGCGGGGGCAUACAUGUGAGGGGUUCUUUGAUUCCAGAUCCUGGUUCCAUCCAUGCACUUUAAUGUCCUUCUUGCACCAAAAUGUCCACCCGACCCCUUUUAAAUUUUGAAAUGUUUUACAGAAAAAUAAUAUCCCCCCUUCCCUGGUGCUCCCACCCUGAUACCUGGUUGAAUGACCCUUGUACUACAACUUGUCAGUCCCCCAGAAACUUGCCUUUACCGUCCAAAAUGAGCCUGAGUCGCGCGUUAUUUUGAUGUUUUCCGCUCCCCUGUUCUGGGGUCCCCUGUUCUGGGGUCCCCUGUUCUGGGCUCCUCCGCCCUGGGGUCCCCUGCCCUGGGACUCCAGGCUCCUGGUUAGCUGUUUUUGGCUGUCACUCAGAACUUUAUUAAUGUUGCGGCCCCCCAACCCCGUGGCUGAUUAGGGUCAGCUUGCCACGUCCAGGUUCUUGGGUCUGAGGUGGCUGCUCAAGGUCAAAACCAGCAGCACCCUGCAGCUCUGUAGCACCUAAGUCGCGGAACCUUUCCCCAGGUCCCCUGCUGUAAAUACCGCCCCCUCGUCAUUCCCCCGUACGCUCUACACCCUCUGCUCAAACCACCUGUGCAAGGCAGUGGCUGCUGGGCUUUUAAGACAAAGGACACAAGCAGGGGCAUGUCCACUGGCCACCUCUGGAAUUUGAUUGGCCAUCCCCCCAAGGUGCCACCCCUAUUUUUGUACCUAAAAUAGUGCAUUACCAUUGGACAAUAUAAGUUUUGGUGAUAGGAUGCCCCACCCCCUUAUCCCUUACUGAGUCUUUGACCCCCGCCACCCCCCCGGACCCCAGCUUGGUGCGGCCUCCCCAGCCCUCAGGUGCUCUGGGGCAGGGGGAUCACAGGGGGACCUGCACAUCUUUUUUAUGGGUUCACCUCAGUCAGGCGGGCCUUGGAAACAAGACGCUGUGGACAAUCUGUGACCUCUAACCAGCUCUUAAGGGUUGAAAUGCAGCAAAAAAACCAGCCAACCCUGUGGUCCUCCUGGACACGAGCUGGUGGGGCCGGGUGUACUGGCUGUUCCAACGUGUUGGAUGGUCCUCCUACGGUUAGUCUAGUCUAACAUGGUGUGGGGAUCUGACCCCCCAGUGUGACCCUAGAUAUAAAUGAAAUGAAAUGUUGCCAAAAUUAUUCACUACUCUCUCCAGAAGGAAUGCAAAGAUUGGAUUUGUCUAUGAUGUGGUUCUAUUGUGCUGUGGAUUAACCAUGUGAAUUAAAAAGAUAUUUUUGCAACAAACAACCAAAAAAAAAUAAAUGUUGUGUUUGUUAUGAA